CCGCGGCCGGACCGUGCCGGGCCCGGGCCGCCCGAUGGACCCCGCGGCCAAGGAGGGGCGGCUCUACGUGCAGCAGGGCCACAAGUUCGGGGCUAAGAGAUGGAAGAAGAACUGGUUUGUGCUGUACCCAGCCAGCCAACAUGGGGUCGCCCGCCUGGAGUUCUUUGACUGCAAGGACCCAGGGGCCCCAGCCGAGAAACUCAGCACCAAGCGGCUGGACAAGAAGAUCAUCCGCCUGGCGGACUGUCUCAGCGUGGCGCCCAUGCCGGAGAGCGGCCCCAAGGACAGCACGGCUGUUUUCCGCCUGGAGACCAGCGACAGAAGCUACCUGUUUGCUGCAGAGAAGGAGCAGAGCGCGGAGUGGGUGAAGAAGCUGUGUGAGAUCGCCUUUUCGGUGAGUGCCGCUGGGUGAGGGGGGCUGGGACGUUCCCCUCUGCUCCCAUCCGUGCAUGGGGAGCGGUCCUGCCGCUC